AUGGCCGACGCCGCCGAGCCUGCGCAGGGUCUCGAAGCCCCUCCUCGCGAUGGCGCAAAUACUGCCGCCCCAAAUGCCAGCAUCACUGAGGAAAGUGAAUUGCUACUGUCGCAAUAUGAAAUGCAAGAUGCUGCUGCGCAAGCUAUAGCAAGGCAGACAAUGGGCGACAUACCUGACCGCGCAAAAACGAACGACACACAACAGUCAGACUUAGUGUCCAAAGUCUUGUACUUUCUUUCGAAAGCCUCCCCUGCAACGCUGGCCGGUAUCGCAGUCGGCUUUGCAGGUGUCACAUAUGCAAUUCUUGGCCGACUCGGCCUGCUCAUCAUUGGCGCGGUUGGAGGUGCCGCAGCUUUCGUCGUCUGGGAAGGUCGGAACCCCGCCAUUGCUCAGGCAGUUCGAGGCGAAAGGGGCCCCGAUGCGCUGGAACGCAUUUGGAUCGACCUCCAGGCCACCAAGGUCACAGAAGAUGAGCAUGAGGCUGACAAGCCCGAUCAAGUCAUUUUCAAGGGCUUCGACGACUUUCGGCCGGAAACCCGCGAAGCUCUAGGCGGCCUCGUGGAUACCAUCAUCAAGGAUUACGUCAAGUGGUGGUACAGCCCUAUCAUUCCGGCCGAUCACUCAUUUCCACUUGCUUGUCGUAAGACCCUGACAUCGUAUAUCCUAGCCGUCUCGAAUCGCAUGGCCAAAAAGAGACCCGCCGACUCCUUUCUCGACCUUCUUACCAACUCUUCCUCCAUCGCUAUCGCCUUCAUGUCGGAGCUUGCUGCCGCUUUCGCUGAUGUGCCGGCCGAGUCCAACAUGACUGCUGUAGAUGCUGUUUAUACAUAUCUUGCCUCAAAUCCGGAUUCGCGGCUGGCAAAUUUAUUGAACCAAAAACAGCAAGCUGCCAAAUUCAAAAUGGUGGCAGAUGACCUGCUGUCAUUCAUGGAACCCAGUGUCUACAAUUGUGACCCAGCUCGUGCUCUUUUGAGAGAAGUCCUAGCCAACACAGUGCUGGAAAGCCUGCUGCAAACAUGCUCAAAACCGGAAUGGAUCAAUGGCUGGAUUGUGUACCUUUUGGAGGCAGGAGAGCCCGACAUCAAUCAAGCUAUCGACGUGGGUAUGCAGCGUGCUCGAGAUACUGCCAAUAAUCUUUUCGCAGACAUUGACGGGAAUGUUGGGAACAUUGGCAUUGUCAAACCUGCAAGCCGCUCCUCCGGCGAAAUUGAACGCGGAAGAAGAAAAGAUGUACAAACGCAUAGGAAAAGGCUUAGCAAAGCCGACGAAGAAGUCGAGGUAGCAAUCGAGGGGAUGAAGCGCAUGAGCGGCGUCAAGCAAGGCGUCGAAGACAGCAGUCGAUCGAUGACGAAUGAUUCAUCUGCGUCAUCUAAACAGAGUACGGAUCCUUUCACAACAGACGCAGCUGCCUCUAGCCAGGCAGGUGGAACGAGUGCACACAGUUCGACACCUCCGCUUGCUCAAGGGCGAUCGUCUCCGUCUGGUACUUCUGUUGACGACGCGAGUGAGCCAGCCUUUACUCCUGUCACUCCUCGCUCAACUAUGGAUACGUCGAGUCAAAACUCGUCAUCACCAAAGCGUGACAGCAGUGGCAGCCAGCAAUUUACCACUUUUGAUCAAAUUGUCCCUGCAGCGGGGCCCGAUCAGCAAGAGGAGGACGCGCCAAAGAAAGCGCCUUUGACGCUGCACAAUGCUUCCUUUACGCUUCAUGACGAUGCUACUGGAGAUACUGCCAAAAUUCGCAAUAAGCCGACCUGGGACUAUCUGAUUCAAGUUGAACCAUCAUCAGCCGGAUACCCAGGAUGGAUGAUUGUGAGAAGAUACUCGGAUUUCGAGACACUGCACGAGAUCAUGCGACGAAUCGCGACAGUCUCUGGGGCUACCGCCUUCACAGAACUACACAAAGAGCUGCCGCGCUGGAAGAUUCACAGCAGAGAAUCGCUGCGUGGCGAGCUGGAGCGUUAUUUACGCGAUGCGUGCUGGUAUCAGAGUCUAGCCGAAAGCGAGGGCAUGAAACGAUUUCUUGAAAAAUCUCAGGGUCACACUCAUGGCAGCAGCAAGUCAUUCGCUUGGGAAUCUGUAGGCAAAAACAUGCUUGAUGUUCUCGCGAUUGCACCGAAGGGCGCAAUGGAGGGCGGCAAGACUCUUGUCGAUGGUGUUACUGGCGUAUUUGGAAACUUUCCCGGCAUCGGCAAGAAGGCUCCAAGCCAAUCUAUUGAUAUGACACCAAGCAAGCGUCACUCUCUUACAACGCCAGUCAGGGCAGACGCUCUCAAGACAUCACCUGCAAGGUCGGAGCGUGCCAGUAUAGACAGCCAACGAUCUUCUGUUGUGUCUACGCAACCUGGCCGAAUGCCCAUGAUGGAGCGUCGACCAAGCCUUCAGCUUCAGAAUGAUAACGAAGGAGAUGUGGCCCGCACGGGGCGCUCUGAGCGCGUAGACUCUACAGCGUCUGCCUCUGUCAGUGCUCGGCCAAGCAGGGAACACAGCAGAGCUUCAAGCUUGGCGCCACCGCUGCGAUCUCCAUCAUCCAUUAGCCUGGAGUACGUGAAGCUACCACCUCCACCGGAUGAGAUGGCGGAUGAUUACGAGUCGUCUUUGAAUCGUGACAUGGCAUCGGUAAGUGAGACGACUCACAGUAAAAAACACUCGAUUGGCCACAUGUCUCAGCCGUCUGUGAGUUCCACGCAAGGGUCAGCGACAAAUGGAAAGAAGACAGCCGUGCGACCGAUCAAGGUGCACUCGAAACUUGGCGAGGGCGAAACGAGGGUUGCCGUGGAGCUACUCUUUGCUGUCAUCAACGAGAUGUACACCCUUUCAUCAGCCUGGAACAUUCGUCGGACAUUGCUCACUGCUGCGAAAUCCUUCCUGCUACGCCCUGGAAACCCGUCACUCCUUACUGUGCAGACGCUCAUUCAGACCUCGGUGCUUGACGCGUACACGGCCGACUCGGGGAUUGCGGAACAGCUACGGAAGGUACGGGAAAACAGCAUGCCCACGGAAGAAGAGCGUGCUGCCUGGCCAGCGGAGCUUACUACCGAGGAGAAGGAGCAGUUGGCUGCCAAGGCGCGCAAGCUUCUUAUUCAGAGCGGAGUUCCGGCGGCUCUUAUGGGAGUGAUGGGCCAAGCCGCGACGGGCGAGGCACUGGGCCGCGUCUUUGACUGUCUUCAAAUCGAGGAAGUUGCGCGGGGUCUCAUCUUUGGUCUGAUCCUGCAAGCCGUCAAGGUGCUCACACACUGA